AUUUUCCAGAUUUGGGUCUUUGUUUUUCUAGCUUUUUAUUUUGUAAAAUUUAUUUCUUUUAUUGUACAAAUUUAAUUUUAACAGCGUGUAGUUGUUCAACCCAGUCAAUGCUUGUAUACAACUUUAUGUUGUUUAGUUUUCUCAUAAACCAAACAGAAAGUCUGGGUUUUUUUUUUUAAAUAUAGAAUUUGAUUUUUUUUUCUGGGUAUUUUUUGAGUAAAUAAAGACUAUCGUUUUUAUGGUUUCUUAUGAAGUUUGUGGACAUUUCUUUUUGAAGGGUCUUUUUGUGAUGAGGAGGUACAGUCCUCAAUACUAUAGUCCUCCAAGAAGAGGCUAUGGCGGCCGAGAAAGGAGUCCUCCGAGGAGGGGAUAUGGCGGCGGCGGUGGAGGUGGUAGAAGGAGGGAGCUGAAUAAUGGAAGCCUCUUAGUUAGAAACAUUCCUUUGGAUUGCAGACCCGAAGAACUCCGAAUUCCGUUCGAGAGGUUCGGACUUGUUCGAGAUGUGUAUAUUCCGAAAGAUUUCCAUACAGGGACUCCGCGAGGGUUUGCGUUUGUGCAGUUUGUGGAUCCUUAUGAUGCUGCUGAAGCUCAAUGGCGCAUGAAUGGUAAGAUAUUUGGUGGGAGAGAGAUAUCCGUCGUCUUUGCUGCGGAGAAUAGGAAAAGGCCCGAGGAGAUGCAGCAUAAAGAAAGGCUAAGAGGACCUUCGGGAUAUGGGGGACGAUCAUCUUAUUAUGGUAUGUUAUUCCGUUCUUAAUAAUAUAAUGUCUUGUCCUAUGGUUAGUAGCAACCGUGA